AUGUGUCCGUUGAGGUUCGUAUUAGUGUUCUUCUCGGCGGUACUCGCAGGAUAUAUGGCGUGGAGGACGGUGAACUCUUCGCCGGAUCUUUUCUCAGACGAGCUAUCACCAGUCGAAGCGAAUAAUGCUAAACAAGAAAGAUCUAAUUCGAAAAGGAAGAUGGAGAAUGGUUUUUGGAUGUUCGUUGAUAUGGCUAGCGGAAGGUACCUUUGGAGAAAUCUCAAGGAGAUACAUCAUGCAUAA